GUCACUGAAUCAGCAUCAAUGAUCACAGACACCAAAAACAUCGGUUUCAAGCUUCCACAGGCUGAGUGUUACUGACAGCAGCAGCUCAGCUGUUCCAGGACAGCGUUCGACCCAGAGUCGCUCUCACUCCACCACAGUGUCCUUUCAGCUUGUCUCUAACGGAGCUUCAUCAUGUGUCAAGUGUCAGUGCAGAGUUUUGGGGUUUUUAAUUGUCUUUAAGUGAAAAUGUGGGACAGAAUACAGAAUACUUCCUCAUGUAACAAUAAAAUAGGAUCACGUAAACUCAUAAACACCACAGGUUUAAAUUUCAGAAUCAAAGUUGAUGUAGUGAGUAUCAUCCUGGCAAAGUGUUUCCAUGCUGCACCUAAAUGAAAGCACCAGCUCGCAGCCGGCUGAAACUCCCACAUCCCCCAGAACACAGAGGACAUGACCUCCACAGUAGCUGGGGCCCCGAUGUUCUCCAUAUCUGUCCUCCCACAGGCUCUUUACUCGUCAUGGUGGCUGAUAAAACCAGCGUCCUCUUGGUGAUCUGACCUCUGUCCAAUCAGUUCUGGUGAAUCAGCCAUGGAGGUGCUUUCUUUGAGGGAUACCAGUUUCCUAUGCAAAGUCAGACGAGUUCCUUUGUUCCACUGUGCAUUCAGCUCAGUACUUGUGUUUUAAUAUGAAUGGAUCGUUAACACAUUCAUUGAUUCAUCGCUGUAUGGAGCGCCUCACGCAGGACUGUUACAGAUCUGUUGCCGGGCUGUUCCUGUGGGUGUCCCCCUGCCACAGGAAAUCAUCUGAGGGUUUGGUUGUUUUUUUAUUUUCCUGAUGUUGAAGGCUGACUUGUGUCAGAUGUCUGAGUCUGUCUGACUCAGCUGAGUGAAAUGAACACUGAAGGCUUUUGUUUGGUCAGAUUAUCCACAUUAAUAGCGAAUUUUGUGUUAUGGAAAAUGAUCUCGUGUGAAUUUCUCCUCAUAUCAGUUCUCAUCUUUCAUCUCUCUCUAUCAGUACAGCUCAGUCAAAUACAAACAUUUGUCUUAAAUUGUUUCAGAAAUCCUAAAAAACUCAUUUGUUGUGUUCUUGUGACAACUUUAACAACCACACACGUUUUCUCCUCACAUUUAAACCGGUUUCAGAUUUCUUCUGUUUACACAUUUAACAGCAGAGGACCUACAGCCGUGCUAGCAGCUCUGUGGGACUGUGUAUGACUGUAUGUUCAGCAGAACAGACCAGGACCAGGACCAGAUGUUUGACUGGACAAACAGCCACCAGGGACCACCUGGUCUGCUGUUAAUUUCCCGUUCUCUCUGUGACCAGCCCCUCUCCACAGAGCUCCUCCGCGGCGUCAUCGGGUUGGUUCUCCUCGGACCUGACUCCAGUGACCAUCCUGCACGCUGGUGUAAACACACCGUUCUUCCUGAGUCUCGAGCUGCUCCACUUUCUGUCUCCUCUGGCAAACGUUUGUCCUUAAAGAUGCUGUACAUACAGUGAGCACCGUGUGGGCUGGCAGCAGGAUCGGAGCAGGGCGGAGCCUACUCUGCCCAGGGGGAAAUCUGUCAAAGCCUCUGUCUCGGUCGGUUUCGCGGCUUCUGGAGGAAUCCUGGUCGGAAAAGAGACCUGCACCUGCAUAAGACCUGCACCUGUCCGGGGUCUUCACGGAGACGCGAGGGACAACUUCUGAAAACCGGGACCGAGAGUCGAGUCUGAUGAAAAUGAAACUGGUUGUUCCUCUGCCUGUGCUGCUGUGUGCCAUCUGUUUCCUCGCCCUGCCGUCGUCCUCUACCCCCCACCAUGACUCAGAUGAUUCAGAGCUUCUCCACGUGACCAUUCCCACCUCCUCGCCUGUGUUUUCCGUGCUGGGUGGCUCUCUGACGUUACCCUGCCUGGUGUCCCUGGCCCACCCUCCGCCAUCCCCCUCCACCAACGGCCGCCACGCCGUGCUGUCUCUCCCACGGGUGAAGUGGAGCGUCCUGACUCAUGGCCGUGACACGGAGAUCCUGGUGGCCCGGGGAGAUAGGGUGAGAGUCAGCGAGGCCUACAAGGACCGAGCCUCGCUGCUCAACUACGCCUACUCCCCCGCUGACCUCACCCUGCGGCUGGACAACCUGAGGCAGAACGACACCGGCUUCUACCGCUGCGAGGUGCAGCAGGGCCUAGAGGAUGCUGAUGACGUGGCUGAGGUCAAGGUCAAAGGGGUGGUGUUCCAUUAUCGUGAUGCAUCCAGCCGUUACGCCUUUACCUUUGAGCUGGCCAGAGAGGCCUGCGAGGACAUCGGUGCUGAAAUGGCCUCUCCGGAGCAGCUCCUGGCCGCCUACCACAGCGGAUACGAGCAGUGUGAUGCAGGCUGGCUCUCAGACCGCUCAGUGAGGUAUCCCAUUCAGAUGCCGAGAGAGGGCUGUUUUGGGGACAUGGAUGGACUGCCAGGAGUGAGGAACUAUGGGCUGUUAGAGCCUGAUGAGCUGUAUGACGUCUACUGUUAUGUGGAGAAUAUUGAGGGUGAGGUGUUCCAUGGCUCCGCCCCCCAGCGUUUCACCUUCUGGGAGGCCAAGGCCUACUGUCUGAGCCACGGCGCUGAGCUGGCCACCACAGCUCAGCUAUAUGCGGCCUGGAAUGAUGGACUGAACCACUGCAGUCCGGGGUGGCUGGCAGACGGAAGCGUGCGGUACCCCAUCGUCACCCCUAGAGAACGCUGUGGAGGCGGAGAACCUGGGGUCAGAACCGUCUAUCGCUACAGCAACCAGACGGGCUUCCCCGGGGCUCACACACGACACGAUGUCUACUGCUUCAGAAGCGAUAACAGCCCUUAUACUGAAUCUCCUCAGGAUUUUCUUGCCACUGAGCCGGAGGACAUUGGUCAGGACAUUGUUUUCUUAACUAAUCCUUCCCAGGAGGAGGUCAGCCUCAGCGAGGUAACAGCAAAGGGAGGCGAAGAGGUGCAACACGCCCAGACGGUCAGUCCUGUAAAACAGGUCCCUGUGGAGGCUCAGUCCCCAACGCUGUGUUAUGACAAGGAGCCGCUGCUCACAGUGGAGCUUCAUCAGCCUGUCGCCGCUCCGCCUGAGCAUCAGCAGCCUGCAGAGAAGGCCAUCCACCCGGAGUCCUACCAGCCAGCACCUGAAGAACACCCAGGCACAGAUCCUGAAGAGUCCCAUGAAAUACAUCCAACAGCUACUCCAAAGGCCGAUGGUGCAGUAACUGCUGCUGAAGACUCCACUUUACCCACAGCUGAUGGUUCAACUUCAGCGAGCAGAGAGCCGUCACAGACUCAUGUUCCUGAGACAUCUGGAGCUGAUGCAAACGAGCUGCUCAACAGUUCCUCAGAGGUGCAUCAGGAGGGGGAGCUGCUUGUUUCACAAGAGGACCACACUCCAGAUGUCCACUUGGAACCUACCUCAGAAGCUGAACUGGUCUCCUCGAGCACAUCGUAUGACGUUUCAGGGCAGCCAGAAGAGUCCAGCACCAGCACUGUUGAGGAGGCAUCUGUGGUUAUUACUUCACCCCACACUGAGGAAACAGAUGUUCACUCCACUACGCCUGUAAACCUUCCAACCGAAGAGGAGUCUGGAGAGGAGAGUGCAAAUUCUCCUCCAGAUGAGGAAACACGAGACCCAGUAACUCAGAGUCUGAUUGUUGUGGACGUCUCUGCUGUUUCCGAGCUGGUCCCUACGACUGAUCCCAGUCUUCUUUUCAAACUAAAUGGCUUCAGAACAGAAGAUGCAGGUGAUGAUUCUGCUCAGGAUCACUCAGCUGUGACCGUACAGUGCUCCAUCCCAGUCGACCACGGAGACGAGGAAUUCAAUAGCACUUCAGAGGAGACAGCACCAGACGAUCCAGCAGAGCAGAGUGGACACGUCCGUCCUGCAGAAAUCCCAACAGCAGAGGUUAUCGCAGCCACAGACGACUCCAGCUCCAGUGUGGAUUCUCCCGUCCUGAACAGUGAUCCUGUCACUUUGUUGACAUCACCGGUAUCUGUAACCCUGUCUCCUCCCUCUGUGGAGGUUGAAGCCAGCUCCCCAGACGUUAUCACCUUCAUACCUGAAAGCAAUGCGUCGUCUGGAGCCGGACCUCUUGAGGACAUCCAGGAAAAAAAUGAACAGGAGGGAUUAGGAGGAAGCCCUGAAGUAUUUUUCAGCACAACACAAAAUAUCAUAGACAGUGACCCAGAGGGGAGGGGACAAGGUACCAGGGAGGGAUCAGGCGAAUCCUCAGGAGAAAGCCCAGAGAUGAAACCCGAGCUUCUGCUGACAAACCCAACGGCCUCCACAGACCCGGCUUCAGGAGGAACUGAUGCUGACGCUGGCACUGAUGCGUCUUCUGCAUCGGAUGGAAAAAUCACACUGAUCCCGCAUCUGACCCUCACACCUGACUGGGAACCAGAGCCCUCCUCCUCCACACCGCAGGAGUCUCGCUCUGAUCACGAAUACAGCGCUCCCAUCGCUGAGGAACCUGAGGAUGUCUCUACAGAGGAAGAGGUCGUGGUGGAGAUCACCACCGGCAGCAUUAAUGCAGAAGACGGAUCAGAGACGCCUGAGGGGGAGACCGGCACAGACGAGCCCUCAGUCAGAAUGUGUGCACGACAUCCGGAUGAGAACGAGGAGAUCUGCAGUCCGUCACUCACCACAGACGUUCAUGAUGUGACCAUCAGUGCUCCCACCUCUCACCCAGACGAUUUUAAAACCGAUGAGGAGGACCACACGGUCAUGGGUGCCUCUCUGCCCGCUGCCAAAGUUUCUGCUGUGCAACAAGGAGGCGUUUCAGACUCCUGUCUGGAAAACCCCUGUUUAAAUGGAGGCACUUGUGUCGACGGUGACUCAGCGAGGUGCCUCUGUCUGCCUGGUUACGGAGGAGAUUUGUGCCAGACAGACCUGGAGGAGUGCGAGCCAGGCUGGGAGAAGUUUCAGGGCUUCUGCUAUCGUCACUUUAGCAAGAGGCAGAGUUGGGAGGCGGCUGAGCAGCACUGCCGGAUGUGUGGCGGACAUCUGAUUUCUGUCAUGACCCCUGAGGAGCAGGACUACAUCAACGACAAAUACAGAGAAUAUCAGUGGAUUGGACUAAAUGACAGAACCAUUGAGGGAGACUUCCGCUGGUCAGACGGGAACCCUCUGCUCUAUGAGAACUGGUACAAAGGCCAGCCUGACAGCUACUUCCUGUCCGGGGAGGACUGCGCGGUGAUGGUGUGGCACGACGGCGGCCACUGGAGCGAUGUACCAUGCAACUACCACCUGUCCUACACCUGCAAGAAGGGUGUCUCUUCCUGUGGCGAGCCCCCUCAGGUUCCCUCUGCUAAAGUUUUUGGGAAGAAGCGUUUGCGUUACGAGACGAACACCAAGGUGCGGUACUACUGUGAAGACGGUUUUCUUCAGAAACUGAAUCCUGUGAUCAAGUGCCUGCCCGGCGGCCAGUGGGAGCAGCCUCUGAUUACAUGCAUGCCAACCCAUUCAGUGGAAGUGGACUCAGUUACCUCACCUCCUCACCAGCAUGAAGAGGUCAUGGAGGUCAUGGAGGUCAUGGGCGCAGCCACAGAGAAAGCAACGCCGCUGUUCUGGGACAUUAAGUGGAAUGUGUAAAGCCAUCGUGACUUUAUUAUUCUUAUUUUUUAGAUACCGUUCCUCUCCUUGCUCGUACCUGUCUUGAGUCUUAAAAGAGUUUCCAGCCCAGUUCCUAGAUUAAGUUAAACUGUACAAAACUAAUCUUUCAUGUUAAAGAAAUAUCAAUCAAACAAACGUUCCUACAAUCACGGAAAAUCUGGAAAAAUGUGCAAUGAUAUGUGUUUUCCAGGAGUGGAAAAAGUGAAGGAUUUCUAAAGAGUUCUGUAAGAUUGAGAUGGACGUGUUGAUUUGACCAGCUAGAUAAACAAACAAAAAAAAAAUGUUGCUGGCUGAUGUAGAUAUCCCUGGAAAAAACACGGCAUCCAAAAUAACUUUCUCAUGAAACUGUCAUAUGAGCAGAUAAGAGAGACCUGGGCCCAGUUAAGGAAAUGCACAUUAAUCCCAAGUUAUCAUCUCAACCCAUCUGAUCGUACUUAAAGUGCGAGUUAAUCAUGUAAAUGUAAGUUUUAUUAGUCUAAAUGACCCUAAAUAAACCAAAUUAAAUGUAAACCAAGCAGGUUAUAGGAAUGAUAUGAGGGGUUAAGGGAUCCAGAACUAUUUAAAAAUGAGUUUUUGAAAACAAGUUGCGUCCUUCACAGCAGAAUUACCUGUGAGGAGAAUAGUGAACCUAUAGUUUUCUUUACUUUCUCAAUCAACAGCCUUUUCAUAACUAAACAUAGCUGUUUAUUUUUUUUAAUAAAGGUCGUAGAAAUUAAAACCAGCCUGUUCAAAGACAACGCUGACUUCAUGAAUUUGACUGCUGCUGCCAUAAACGCUGCAUUAUGUUAACAUGUUGGUAACAGACUGCUGUUCGUGAUGAGUUCGACGUGUAGAAAAGUCUGACAUUCACCGACACCAUCUUGUUUUUACUUCUCUGUGAGAGCGUUGUAAGAACAGUGGCCAUCAGUCAGCCUUCAUUUCCCACUGUCUGCACUCUCAAAAAAAAGAUGUGCGCUCUUGUUGUGUGUCAAGCUUCACACACUUUUUAAACUUUUCCAGCACAACUCGGUUUUUCCAUACAGGAAACCUGAAUUAUUCACCCGUGCGGCGGAGAGUUCCUGCCCGUCAUCACACCUGAAAUUAGAGCAAACCUCAGCCACCUCAGGUAAUGUGAAUGGGAUGCCUUUGUGUGGCAGUCUUUAAAAGAAAGCGCAUCUUUAACAUCAGCAGAUAUCGAGAUGAAUUCAUUUCGGCUCCAGGCACAGGCAUCCCGGAGAUUCAGUUACUGUCCGUCUCCUGAAGAGAAAACUGCGUUCUUAUUUUUUUAGUUAGAUGAUACCAACAGGAAAGUAGAUGGUUAAAAGCCGAAGCACCUGCUUCUCUCUGUGCACACAGGCCAUCUUUUUUUAAGAAUGCAGUUCACUGACUCUGGUGCUCUGGUGCUUUUUAUUCAGGUGUCUCUUAGACUCUGUACAAUGGUUUGGCAUACAGUGUCCUGAUCAGUAUCCUGUCUGUAGAUCUGCACUGGCCUCAGAAUGACAGCUCUGCUUCUGGCAUCAAGGAGGAAACACAAAUAUCUUUGAUGAUGCGACUAACGCAACAAAGCUCAUCUGCUGUUUUCUAGUUUUAGAAGCAGUGUUUCUAAUAGACUGUUUGACAGUAACAAAGCAGGAAAUGUUAAUCACUGAUAAAAUGAACACAUACCAUAUAAAUGUACAAGUAGAAGUAAUUUAGUAAAAAUGAGUCCAAUGAAAAAGAGAAUUAAUAAAAUGUAAUUUUGUAAUGUAGUCUGAAUCUUUGCUCUUGUUAUGUGUUGUUUAUUGAUUUAACUGUAUAAAA